AGUUUACGCGAAACUUCAGUAGAAGGAAUACAGUUGGAACGUGCUUUGCAGCGUAUUGAAAGUUUGCAAAAUCAACUUAGAAAUAUGGAACCUGUUGUAACUCAGGAAAAAUGGAUGGUGAAUAGUGGUGGUAUGCAUUUUGUUCAUCCGAUCGAAAUUAUCGCAAUGGAAGAAGAAACCGAUGGUGAUGGUACCGAAAUUCCAUUUAACCUUGAAGCUCAGGGACCUUUCUUGAAUUUUGCUGACCUCAAAACACGUCCGGCUCAUUUGGCCGCUUUCAUCAACUAUCUUUUAGCAAAUGCUAAUCCAAGCAGUGUAUUUUUCUAUCUGAUUACGGAUGCUUAUCAAAAUUCCAAUGCUCCUCCAAAAGAUUUGAGAAAAUGGGCUUAUGAAAUUUUUUCUACCUUCCUGAUACCAAACUCACCACUCUCAUGGGACAAUAUUGAUCAGUCACUGAUUCGAAGCAUAGAUAAGACAUUAACAGCAACUGCACAAGCAACAGAUAAUGAUUUGGAUCAACUGAUAAAGAUAUUUGGUUCUGCAAGAAAGAAAUCACUGGAUGAUAUCAGUGAACAUUUGGCUGAUUUUCGUCAAAAACGUCUCAUAGGUUAUGAUUAUUUUAGAUGCAGUUAUCUUUUUGAAUAA